AUGGGAGAAGACACACAGAGUGACGGACCAGGUGUGGUGUUUUCCACAUCGCCGUUGCUUCCUUUGUCGAAUGUCUGGCUCAAGGAGAUGACAGAACAUCUUCGUGGGAAGCAGACGGCGUGGGAGGGCUAUCAACGGGCCCAGCUCAUCUCCGCAGACCAAGUGCCGCUGUUGCGCGACGCAGAGCAGGCAGGCAAAAAGGGCGAGAUGGCGCCCAUCAAGGAGAAGGGCUCGACCUAUGCGGGCUUGUAUAUGCAGCUGCUGGACAAGCUGAAUCGCACAGAUACGAUUCAGGCGGUGCUGCUCCUCACCGACGACCUCGUCCAAGCCGCGCCGGAGCACUUGGCCUGGUUCGUGCAGGCCGAGCCGUAUGCGGCGCUGACCAAGCUCAUGAAGAUGGACGAUGCCUUUGUCUCGAUCAAAGCCGCCCAGUUCCUUACGCUGUGCCUCUGUGCGCACGCCGAGUCGUCGGACAGCACGCCGCCGCACGCCGCACUCGAGUCGCUGCUGGCGUACAUCCACCGAGCGCUGUCGAGCUUGAACAGCACCGAGGCGCCGUCGGACGGCGCGAAGGGCAAUGUGGCACCGAUUGCGCUGUGCCUGGCGGGCGAGCUGCUGCGCACGCCGCGUUUCCGCUCGGCGAUCUGGGCGAAGGACGUCGAGGAGAAGCAGGCAAACGACGAUACGACGCUCGUGGGCCAGCUGGUCGCGGUGCUGGGCCUGUCGUUCAAGGGCUCGGGGGCGAGUGGGACAAACUCGUCCGGCCGUGCGAGUGGCAACACGGGUGUGCCGCAACUGCACUACUUGGCUCUCUUUGGCUUGUGGGUACUAACGUUUGACGAGGCAGCGGCGAAGGACAUUGAUACGUACUUUGGUGUGGCGACGGUGUUGGUGCAUGUGGCCCAGCUAGCGCUGAAGCACAAGAUUGUGCGCCUGAUCGUCUCGAUUUGGCGUAACAUGCUGAGUGCGUCGAAGGAAGCGAAUGCGACGCGACUGCUCGGCGCCAAGGUGCUGCCGUUGUGUGACACAUUGCAGGAGCGUCGGUACCCAGACACGGAGCUGCAGGACGACUUGGAGUACGUCAAGUCGGUGCUCAGCCACCGUAUGGAGCAGAUGAGCUCCUACGAUCAGUACGUCUCGGAGCUGUACAGUGGCCACCUGAGCUUUGAUAACCCGGCGCACCAGCUGGAAGAGUUCUGGAAAGAGAAUGCCGAGAAGAUGACAGAGAACGAUAACAAGGACCUGAAGCAGCUCAUUUCGCUGCUGUCGUCCAAGAGCUCGACGCCCGAUACACUCGCUGCUGCGUGCUCGGACUUGGACAAGUUUGUGCAGCACACGGAAGGCGGCCGUCGUCGCGUCACCUCGCUUGGCGCCAAGACAGCGAUUAUGGAGCUGAUCGAGCAUCCCGAUCCGAAUGUCAAGCACCAAGCUCUACAGACCCUCGCCAAGUUGGUAUCGGCCAGCUGGCGAUAA